CGAGCGGGAAGUGAAGCCCCAGCUGUGUAUGUGCGCGGUGCUGGCUGCUAAUAUCAGUGGUUGGGUGGGGAAGUUAUGGCAAAUGCAAAGCUUAACGCUUCUCAAGCGGCUGUGAUGUGUUAUUUAACCAUUUUGUUACAACUGCCCUCUAUAUCUUUGCUGGACUGUUAGGUGCUGUAGAGAAGGCGAGAAACACGUCAGCAGUUCUCCAUUUCCAUCCCGGCUGUGCUCUCUCGUGUGCUUUAAAACAAUGCCCUUGCAUUGCAAGUAUCACCCUGUGCACUAGCAUUGGUGCAUCAGCUCCCAAUUUGCUCCAGUCUCUCGUCGUACUGGGUUUAUCCAGCGUUUCACAUUUUGGUGUAACAGACAUUCUGUAGACAUGGUGUCCAGACCUGGAGAGCUUCCAGCUCUGGAAGCAGCUUCAGGUGUCUCUGAUGGUCUCCUCGGAGGAAUGUCCAUCCCCGUCGGGAUGACCCGCCGAGCUCUCAGCUAUGAUGAUAACCUUGAGCGACCCAUAUCUCCGCCUCCAUCCGACAUUAAUAUUAGCAACCUUUGGAAGCGACCUGUUAUUCCUGAGAGGAAGUUUGCACGACUCGCUGAGGAAGAUGAGUCUGAUGCAGGAGCAAAACAAAGUGCAACCUUAGAACCCAAACCCCCUCAUCCUGUGCUGAAAGCAAAAGCCUCGUCUGUCAUGAAUUCCCUCAUCAUCAAACAGACCCAGGAGAACAUGCACAGGUUCGAGAAGCAGGCAGGACUGACUGAUACCGGCUACACCCCACACAAAGGCCUGACUGCUGAGGAGACCCGCUAUCAUCGUCUGGCAGAGUCCAUGCAUAAACUUCAGAUGCAAAGCGUGGAUGCCAGAGAGGAUAAACAGCCAUCUUCCAGUCAGUCAACACCUGCCGGGACUCCACAGUCAUCACCCAAACAGAAACGCAAAGGCUGGUUCAGCAGUCAGGGCUCUACUGCAUCCCUCACAAGCUCUGAGAUGAGUACCAGCUCUAGCUCCAGUAUAGAUCUGCCUACAGGUGAGGGAGUCGUGGAGCGCUGGAGCGUUUUUGGACCUCGACCUCAAGUCGGCAAAUCUACCACUGACCCAGGUACAGAUCCAGCCCCAACAGGAGGUUUUGCUCUGCAGUCUUAUAAGGGAGCUCAGAAACCAACCCCAAUGGAAGUGAUGAAGGCCCAGGCCACCCGCAUGGCCGACGACCCCGCCAGCUUCAUACCUCCCCCCAAGAUGGAGAUCCCUACCAUGGAGGGAAAGAAACAGAUGAGCCGACCGCACAAACUCAAACAUAGAGACAUGAACGUGCUUACGCCAUCAGGAUUCUAAGAACCACUUCCUGUUACCUUCUUGGAUCGCACACAUUGUGAACCAACCUGUAGCUGGUCUACCCAUGUGUUCCCCUGUGCUGUCUUGCUGUUCGGUUAUGUCUACAGCAUCGCUGUGUUGGUGUCUAAUGUCGAUAGUGUUAGCUUUCAAAAGAUGUCUCGUGUGAAUGAUCACCUUUUUCGGUGCCAGUCUUUGCUUUGCAUUUUAAUUCAUCCAUUAAAUGGUUACUUUAAAGAUAUUUCAACAAUAAAGUAAAUUCUCUGAUCAGAAAUAAAACAUCAAAGUAUUGCGUGAGCUAUUUAAAAGCAUAUGUAGCGGUCUUCUGUCACUGUACUUUGAUGUAAUGACACCUGUCAGUCUAGGCGGUGCCACAUGAGAUCAAACACACCUAUUGUUUCAAACCCAUAUGACUUGAUGUGUUUCGUGGAAUACUAUCAAGCAAAAUCUUAGUGUUAAGUUUCAUUUUUCUGGAUAAAGAAGUAACCUGAACCUUCCUCAUUCUUCAGAUAAUCUUUUGAUUUCCACAGAGAUAAGACAAUGGGUUUGAAAUAAGAUUACAGAGUUUCCUGUUGUGAAGUAUCUCUUUGCGUGAGUGUGUGUGUUUGUGCGUAACUGUGAUGUAAAUAUUCAUUAGCUUUAACGUUAACACUGACCGAACAAAUGCAUAAAGUUUUAAUGUGCAGGAUUUCAAAUAUAGCCACAGGUUAAACUUGAGACUUCGUUUUUGUCUUCCUAGGACAAUUGUCAAAUGAUAUUGUAAUUUUUCUGUAUAACAUCAGUACACAGCGGCUUCGGUGGUAACUUGAUUCUUUAAGUCUUUACUGUUACGUAUCGUGAUCUGUGACAUUUUAGGCAUCAUUUUGAUGCGGUUGUGACAAGGACGGUCUAACAAAUGAUGAGGCGCUAAAAUGACUGAAGGCUAAAACAUGUUUUGGCUGAGAUUUUAUUUAAUGCAGCAGCUCUCCAGAGAGGAUGUUAUAUUUUUGUUACAAGUUCAAUGUUUUGUUUCAAUUUCUCAGAAGAUCGAAUGUAGUCAUUUUGGUCUUGUAAACUGUUAAUACAUUAAUAAAGAAAUAUAAACAAA